AUGCAGAUGAGAUUUAUUUUCUUACCGAAGCACCAGAGACUGGUGAACCAGUGCUAUCCGCCUGGGAACAACAUCACAGAUAAGAAGUCGAAGUCUUCUGAGACAUCGUAUCUUCUUUACUACGUCAAUUCCAGACGGAGCAAGCUGGAGAAAGUCAGUUCGUACUUGAUCAAGAAGAACUCACAAGAUAUGCACAGGAGACGGGUUGGGAACGUUGCUGUGACCCUUGAGAUUAUGAGCAAGAUUGUUGUCAGUUGCAAGGAGAACUUGAACGUGUUCAUUAAGGAUUUCUUCCACAUCAUGUUGGCUAUCUUGUCCAAUACCAAUUUUAACAACGACGUGUCUUUACUCGAGUUGCUCGAGUUGACAUUUGGUAAUAUAUGCGCAAACGUCGACAGCGCUCUUCUUAACGGGGACUCCGGGUUUGUUAAGCAUUAUUCUCAGUUUGUGGACAUGUUCUUUGAGGUGGUCCAGAACAAAAUUCACCAGGACGAUCUACUGCUCAAGUGCUGCAACGCUAUAUCAAUUACGAAGAAUCUGGCAAGCAAUCCGCAGGCAAACCAUUACAUCCAAACGGCGGUCACAUUCACCCUUGUGAAGUUCCAAGAACGCAACCCGAAAUUCAAAUUUGAAUCCCUGAGCGACCCUGCUCAACAAAACCUAGCUAGGAGACUCAGCAGGAUCCAAACACGGCCAAUGGGGGCGGAUAUGGAGGAUGUCAGUGAAGACAGCUUAGAAUUUACAGUGCUGCAAUCAUUUUUCAACACGGACGAGACAGACAAGCUUACGCUAUCGAUAAGAGCAUUGGUGGAACGGUUACUGAUCACUCCAAACAAAGAGCUACUCGCGUUCGUCUGUAAUAGGAUACCGGUUCAGUUAAGGUACAUUGUAAUUUUACUCCUGAUUCGCCAACUGAAUCGGGUGCAAGGCAAAGAUUCUCCCGACGUAGAGGCAGCCCCAACAACUGUUCUGAAACUGAUCUCUUCCCUGUUGAUCUCGGACGUCAGUAUCAUUGGGUUAAGUGUACUGGACGUUUUGAAAAAAAUUCUACAGUUUCAAAUGGAUAACUUAACCAGACCAGAUUUGGUCGCUGAGUGUUGCGCCACGAUAAGAGAUCUGAACAUGAAAUCAUAUUAUCAAGGGCAGGCUUUUGACAUUGUGUACGAAAUUCUGCUCAGAUUGAAGGCUUCAAAACCAACAGAGGAGGCAAAGAAGGGGAUACUUGUUAGGGACGUGGAAGAAAUCAUCAAAUAUAGCUCUAAACCGUUCAGCACGCUGGAACUUCUCCACGAGCUGGCCCCCUAUAUGGGAAACGCAGUAUUUGGGUUACUUGACCUGCUUGACACACAGCAACAUCCUAGCCCUACUUCUUUUGUCAAGUUAUUUUCGGCAGCCAAGCACAUGGAUGAUUAUAGUUUGCGGAAGAUGUUUGUCAAGCAAAUAUUUGUCAAAUAUGGGAAGUAUGCGCUCCUUGGUGGUCUCAGUUAUGUGCUAGAAGAUGACAUGGAACCAGACGAGAUGUACUACUUAUAUCAUACUCAAGCGGCAAAGUUCCUUAAAUUGAAGGAUUAUCAGAGUCAAGUAGAGUUUAAACAGGAGAGACGAGAACUAUUCACUAGAGCAGACUUAAUAAACUAUUACUCUGACCCGGGAUCUAACCCUUACAGUGAAGCGGGUUCCAAAAUCUUACUAUCUCUCGGACAUGCGAUAUCGGCCGCCACCUCGACGACUGAGCUUUACCCUUCGAACCGUAACCAGAUGUUACAAUCGCAGGAAGAGCUAGUCGAGGCUGUGCCCGUCAACAAGACAAACUUCGCCAAUAGUUUGUUGACAAGAGACAUACAAUCAGAUAAAAUGACCAAAUUUACUAACAACGGGGUUGUUGGUCCAAAGCACAGUGUAUACCGACUCGUUUCGGACGACGCAAGAUCAUGGAAGAUGGAUGCGGCAAGAGCACCAAAGGUUAGCGAUCUGAAAAACGCUUUGAGAUCCAGGAGGAACGGUUCAAGGCACCCUAUGAGGAGCUCGUCUGUGCGUGGCUCACAGUCGGUGAAAUCGGCUGUCACUAACAUUACCUUUUUGUUGAGCGAGUUGAAGAGCAACAUAGGUGAGAGUGAGAGGGAAGGUAUGCAAGACCCUGAUGAGGAAGACAUUGUUGGGCUGGAUAAGAUAGACAUCGCUAGGGCGCAAUCUGUGAAACUAAGACCUCCCUUGGGGGAUAAGAUCGACCAUCGGAAAUCUCUAAUGGCCUUGCUCAAGGAGGAAAACUUGAAUGAUUCAAAUGGAACCGACGACAAGACUCCCGCCAAUAACAAUGGUAAUGGUGACGUUACGGGCAGCAAUGAUAAUGAGGAUGAUAAGUUUACAGACGCCGAGCAGGCGAUGGUGUCUCCGAGCAACAGAGGAAUGAUGUUUUCCACGGCAUGA